GGUAGGCGUAAUAGGCGGGAAGGUUGGAGGAGGAGGAGGAGGCGGAGGCCGCCUCAGGGCAGCGGGCUGUUCCGCCAAGGCCCCCGUCUACACAACGUUUCAUACAGUUCGGCAGCCAGGCAACAAACGCCCAUCAAAUCAAAGCCCUUAAUGUGCCUCAGGGCUCUCAACACCAUCUGGGCCACAAACUGGUUACAGAAACAACGCUCAGAAAAAAGGGGAAUUCCAGACAUGAGACAAUCAGGGCCAGGCCAGCUAACACCUCCCUACAAAGGAUUCCCCUAGGAAGGAAUCAAUCAGGCCUUGAAGCAGCAAGGCUUUUCAGUGCUACCGUGUUUCCCUGAAAAUAUGACAGUGUCUUAUAUUAAUUUUUGCUCCCAAAGAUGUGCUAGGUCUUAUUUUCAGGGGAUGCCUUAGUUUUCCAUGAAGAAGAAUUCACAUGUAUUGUUGAACAAAAGAAUGAACAUUUAUUAUAUACUGUACAGUAGUUGUCAUCACAAACCAGCAUAACCAGACAAACUGAAUCCUAUCAAGAAUUUCUUGUUACUACCAAUAUUUCCAUGUGCAACACUCUAUGGUGCUAAACUAGCUUGAUCUAAGUGUUGUGUUUAGUUGAACAAAAUGAAAGUGAAAAUCAAGAGCUGGCAUGGAGUUGCCUCCUGGCUCUGGGUUGCCAAUGAUGAGAAUUGUGGCAUUUGCCGGAUGGCCUUCAAUGGCUGCUGCCCAGAUUGUAAGGUGCCUGGAGAUGACUGCCCGCUGGUGUGGGGUCAGUGUUCACACUGCUUCCACAUGCAUUGCAUUCUCAAGUGGCUUAACUCCCAGCAAGUCCAGCAGCACUGUCCAAUGUGCCGACAGGAGUGGAAGUUCAAGGAAUAAUGAGGUCAAGAUUUCUCCCUUUUUACGGAUUUCAUAUCCUCUUCUUGUAGCUUCAUGGAGAGUCAUCCUUCCUACCUCUUCCUCAAGCCUGGACAUUUUACUUGCUCUUAUUGUAUUGUAUUGUAUUGUAUUGUAUAUCGUAAGCCUUCCCAUAAACUGAAUCAAAAGAAGUGCAGGAACUGUAUGCUAUUUGUGAGAAGGUCAGAAUACUGAACAAGAAAAUAUAAUGAUAGUUUAUUUUGAUAUAUGCUAGAUAUUAUCUAGACCCCUCUUGUAAGAUUUGAGAGCUUGUGUCUUGGUGAAUCGUCUGAAACUCUAGUUUCUAGGAGCUGUGUCUCAGCUGCAUGAAUGUUUAAAAGAAAAUAGUUUCAAAACAUUCUUCCUAUUAAACAUAUUCCCUUGUUAGAUUUUGAAAUAUGGAGCAUCUAAACUUCCUUUCCAUUGCUAUGUUUUGUGUUUCAUGUAUUGCUGCAACCUUACUGCCAGUCUGAUUUCCUGGCUCUGUAGCACAGCCUGCACUUGACCAUUUAAACCACAAUUCUGUUUAUAUUUGAGCCAGUCCAAAAUUACCAGGAUGCAGACUUCACAAAAUCCCAUAAUUGUGCAUGGACCUAAGACAAAAAUUGUGCUAGAGAUUACAGGGAGGAACUAGGAUUUGUGCCCGCGUCUUGCUGCAUAGUUGGCCUGUAGUCCAAUAAUAUGUUUGUUCCCAGAAGGCUGUAAUGCCAAGCACUUUUGUUGCCAAAAGCUUGCCCACAGUCUUAGUGAGGCCACUUGUACUGUGGGUGAUUCCAAUAAAUGUUGUGAUUCAUUGCC